CAACCGCCUCCUGAGUUCCUGACUCGCACACUGUCAAAGCAGCGCUGAGGUCAAGGGGAAAUGAGCAUGGCCGCCUUGUUAAGAGGCUAUCGAAGUCUUUAUAAAAGGUGCAAUAAACAUGCGGACAUCACGCUUGUAUCAUGUAGAUCAAUGGCUUCUAAGACUCCAGUCGGUUUCAUUGGAAUAGGUAACAUGGGCACACCCAUGGCGAGAAAUUUACUGAAGCACGGAUACCCUGUUAUUGCUACUGAUGUCUUCCCUGAAUCCUGUAAAGAACUUUGUGAUUCGGGAGCACAGAUCCUAGAUUGCCCUGCUGACGUGGCUGAAAGAGCAGACCGCAUUAUCACCAUGCUGCCAUCCAGCCCCAACGUCAUAGAGGUUUACACAGGACCCAAUGGGAUACUUAAAAAAGUAAAAAAGGGAACACUACUCAUUGACUCCAGCACUAUAGACCCUUCAGUGUCCAAGGAGAUGGCCGUUGCUGCGGAGAAGAUGGGUGCAGUAUACAUGGAUGCUCCAGUGUCAGGAGGUGUUGGGGCUGCCAGUCUGGCUAAACUCACAUUCAUGGUGGGUGGAGUGGAGGUGGAGUUUAACGCUGCCAAAGAGCUGCUCACAUGUAUGGGAGCAAAUGUAGUGUACUGUGGCCAAGUGGGAAGUGGACAGGCAGUAAAAAUCUGCAACAACAUGAUGUUGGCAAUUGGCAUGAUUGGUACGGCAGAGACCAUGAAUCUUGGGAUUAGACUGGGUUUAGAUCCGAAGCUACUGGCAAAAAUUCUCAACAUGAGCUCGGGACGAUGUUGGUCUAGUGACACGUACAACCCCGUCCCUGGUGUCAUGGAGGGAGUACCGUCUGCGAACAGUUACCAGGGAGGCUUUGGCACUACGCUAAUGGCUAAAGACCUUGGUUUGGCUCAAAACACUGCUACCAAUACCCGGAUCCCAAUUCCUCUCGGCUCUUUGGCACAUCAGAUAUACCGCAUCAUGUGUGCUCGUGGCUAUGCAAAUAAAGACUUUUCAUCCGUCUUCCAAUUUUUACGCGAAGAGGGGGUACAGUAGAGUGAAGCUGGCCCAAACGCUGUAUGUGCAAAACAAAUGUUAUGAACAGCCGGUGUAGUGUUAAAAUGCAUGCAUGUCUGUUUUGAAAGGGAUGUUAUGUUGAAUCUAAUGUGUGUUUAGCAUUGAAAAUCUAACACUUCCCUUUUAGGCUGUAGCAAUGGAGUCAAAAAUGUACUGAAAUGUAAAAACUCUUUAUGCAGACUGUGCAAGUAAUUCUUCAGGUUUGCACAACUGUUGUGCUCAAAUUUAUACACACAUUCUACAGACGAUUCGACUUUCCAUUUCAUUGGAAGAUAUAACUCCUGUAAAGCCCACAUUGUGUAGAGCCAAUGAGAGCAUUUUAUUUCUGAGCCGAAAUUGUUUUGUGGUCCUUACUUUUCGUUUAUUUAAGUUUAUGCUGCUAAAAAUACUUCAGGAUAUAUAAGACAUACCUCAUACACAUCAGUUUUUACUUGAACUGAAUCCUAACUGUGAUCUUUUUUUUACAACAAAUAGCAGUUCCCUCCAAUUUCUGGAGUUUGCACGUUUCAUAUAAAAACUGACCUGACUGUUUAUUAUUAUAAAAUGUAUUCUAUAUUUUUCGGUUAGAUUUUCUACUGGACAAAAACUGUUAACCCACCCUGGAGUGUCUGUAGUUAUAUAUAUUUGUAAUGGUGCUGUGUGGCGAAAUGACAAUCAGUGUUUAAUGUCUCCGAUUUAUAAAGGUCCUUUUGAGACUCAUGAAGAAAGAGACAACGCCAAGACUCAUGUUGUGCCCUUUAUGCAAAGUUGUUGACUAUAUUUCCUCAAUAAAGAGAGAAACUCUCCAUUGAAUCUUU